AUGUAUGUGACAAAGCCUCUGUCUCUGUAUAGAAGGUCUCCUCAGUCACUGUCGUUGCCACCACCGGAAGGGCCAAAUUCUGGUUAUCUUGUUCUCCAUGACGACGAAUCGGUGGAGAUAUCAUGUUGCGGAUGCGCUGAUGAUCGGGUUAAAGACCUGCCUUUCCCUCAGAACAAGGAUCUAACAGUUGGAUAUGGCUCAGAUGAUGACGAAGUUACAUUCAUCCCAGUGCUUAGUCAGCCCUUAUCUUCCAAUAGAUACCAUGUGAUACUUCGGAGAGGGAAGCAUAAAGGGUAA